ACACAACGUUCGCAUAGAUCUUGCCAACGAGAGGAAAAUUAACAAGUUCACUUAAUUCUCUGAGGAAGAUAUAUUGAAGUAAAGAACAGGAAAAUCACAAACAUGGGGAAGCACAAAAUCAACGUCUUGAAGGAGAACCAGAAGGUCAUUCAUCCCAACAGCAGGAAGGCCAAGAAGUUAAGUAAGAUGGUCAGCAGAGAAAUCAAAAUGAAGAAGAGAAGAGGUGAAAAUAACUUGAAGCUGCAAGUUCUGGGCGACAAACUGCUGUGGUUCAAGAAAGAAAUGGAUCCAAGUAUAGAGGUGGUCACUCCUAAGGAUGUUUUGAAUUUGAUACAAAAAUACAUUGACCGCAACAUGGAAGAACUGGAACAGAUCAACUUAAAGCAGAGUAUCGGGAAAAGAAGCAAAAACCAGCAUGCCAGCCGCGAGUCCACGAUAAAGAUUGUGCAUGAGCAAGAGACAGCGCUGUUCACGGACAAUGGCUUUGAAACAGUUGACUUCUUCUGCCCAAAGAACUUGCAAACUUUCAAGUCCUGGUCAGGAGAGCUGCGGUUCCUAUCAAACCUCAAGCUGCGAAAGUACAAGAGAAAAGACCUCGAAGAUAAUUUAACGAGCAGACUUGAGCCGGAGUCUUCCUCUGCUGCACCAACAGAAGAGACCAUGGACGAAGACACAGAAGGGUUAGAUGAGGAUAGCGAUGACGAUGGUGAUACUGACAAUAAGGAUGGGGAGAAAGACGAUGAUAUGGAAGGUUAAAACUGUAAUACUGAAGGGUCAGUAUAAAUAAACUGAAAAGAGA